AGGCAAGGUACCUUGCUACAGGCACCUGACAAGUGCUGUACCUGACUCUCUAGCACCACUGUAGGGUACUAUUCCCUGCUACCUACUACUGGCAGGUAGGUCGGUGUAGCAGAGUAAUAAAGCUGCUAACCGCAAGUUACUACUUAGGUACCUAGUUCUGCGAUAAACAGCCGAUAACAUGAAUGGGGCCGAGCGGCACAAACUUCACCUAGCUAGAUCCUGUGAGCUACCCAGCUGAGGCAGCCAACUGCACCUAUAAUCCCUCUAUGCUAGAGCGAACGAUACCAUAUAUGAGCCUGAAGUACUGUUCACAACUACCAGGUACUACUACAGCACAACUAUCUGUUGUGGUUGGGCUCCCUAGCCCUUACAGUAUGUUGGCGCAGGACUGUGCAGCGCAGGCGCAGGCGCAGGCCAGCUGCCAAACGCAAGGGCCUAGGGCGGGCCUUGAGGCAGGAAAUCCAUCCACAACUGCUGAUGCUCCUGCAGCAAUGCAAGGUCGGCACGAAUAUCACUAGACUGGCACCCUUCUACACACCAACCAGGCACUACUACUACUUGCUACCACUGUAUUAUGUGCUGGAAGAUCUCAACAAAUCACCCAGAUACCUCUCAAAUUGGUUAAACCUCGUUCAUGAACAGCGACUAUCGCGUGGUGAGCGGGUGUGAAGAUCCCAGCCUUAUAACAAUUUCCUACCUUUCUCUGUCGAUGAUGCUUUCGGUGUUUCGAGACACGAACCUCGCUGACCACUUUCAUGCACCACUGGUCUGCCAACCCAGACCUCACAUCUCCGGACAGCUUGAGGGUUGGCCAGUCAGGAGAUGGGAGCCGCCGUUCGAAUGACAAACCCAGCAAUUCCACAGGCGGAAAAGUGGCGAGCAGGCGAUUAGUAGCCAGAGGGUACACCAGCAGACCUGCAGGAAAAGCGAGGUGAGGGCAUCACUGGACGAGCAACGGCAGGUCAGAUGAUGCCCAUAAGAACCCGCUAUGCUGCAUGAUGUCUCCAUCAUCACUAACAAAAACCACACCCUGAUCCCGGAACUCCAUAUAGCACCCGCAAUUGCAGCUUUUAGGCUCGCCUGCUGCGAGGGUCAGGACCACUAGAACUCCCGACCUCCCGUUACAAGCCUCUCCUCCACUACUACUGUAUGAAGGCUUGCCGGCGUCUUGACCAGCCAGAUCUCAUCCAUUUACGAGAGAGAACGCGGACCCUUAAAGACUCCCUGACAUAGUGAUAGCCUGGCCGCUUGCUAACUACGAAUAAGGCUUCGCGCAAAAACUCUCCUUCCACGUGCUCCUCCAGACUCUGUCGACCACCACCAAUCACCUCCGGAGACGCCAGACGUCCGUGCCUUGACCAUGACUUACAGUCUCCUGGUCAGUCUCACUUUGCGGUUUCCGGUUACCGUGCUCUAGUGGGCAAAUGCCGGAAUAUCCAGAGUGACACAGCUGAUUCGAGCAUUGAUGCACAAAACAGCGCUUGUGCUGCCAUACUGGGAGAUCCAGCCUGACAGCCUGUACACAUCCCCUGGUGGUCAAGAGUCCGUUGCGGACAUCAUCUGAGAGCCACAUCUGGCACGGGCGAGAUAGGCAAGAACAAAGUGACCAGAGUAAUAAUAGGUAGCCGACAAGUGCGUGGACCUGGCGGGCCACUUCACCGAAUGGAUCAGCCAUUCAGGCAAGGCACUUCCGGGCUUUUAGUGGAGGGAUGCCGUCAACGUCAUCCAGCAUCCGCUAAGGGCCUUUCGGAACCUGGGAUUCGAGAGAUCGAUACUCCUACUACUAACCCACGGUCGAGCAAGCGAGGAGAAAUUAGUCUGAAGGAGUUCUCCAUCGUGCCCCCGUUUCCUCUGAUCAAAACUCAAAAUAACUCAGGUGUAGGCGGGCACGAGUAACCGCCUUCCAAGUUCCAAGAGUGGAUGAAAAUAUCAAUCUCAAAGCCUACGCCAGGACAGGGCUUUUCUACCACGAUGGCAGUGCAAGAGUUGGCCCCCUACUAUCGAACAAUGUGAGCCAUACCCGGGGUCGCUACGUACCUUAUCGCCAACCAACUCUUGGAGUUGUUUGCAGGAUCACUCUAAAGAAGACGUUGAAGUUCCCAACACCUGUGCCUGGUAGAUCAGGGCCUGUACCGAAGUUGCUACAGUACCUUGAUAGGCGCCUGGCAGGCCACCCGCCCUCAUAAACCACUUCAGGCAGUACUGGCAAGAUCAGAGGCUGAAAAUAUCAACACUUCUCAGAUCUAGCUUCCACGACCGUGCAGCCUCUGGCACGGCACACCAGACUGCUUGUCAGAAGAAGUUGCUGAUAAUUUACAUCCUAACUUUGUUCGAUCUAGGCGUUACGAAGGGUAUACACGAGACCGUUGGUCAAGCCAACCAGGGUCAGACGAGGGAUCCAUCCGCUCAUCAAGCACAGUCGCGAGUAUUCGCCCCUCGACAGCGGUACUCUAGUUUAAUUGCAUGUUGCACAGGUGAUCUAGCCUGUCGAUCGCUUGAUCCAUCUAGGCUAUUCUUGUUGACAGUUGAAUUCAGUCAACAAACACACCAACCCGAGAUUUCUACCCCUAAAAGCAUCGACGAAGGAACAGAUGAGGAUGUAGGCACCACUGCAGGAGGCAUAAUCAAGAUAUUGUCAUAUGAUACUGACAAUUGUGCAUAUCCCAGCGCAUUAAUAUUGCAGCUGCUUGUCACUCUCGGUGCACUGCUGCGGGCAAUGCGCCCUGUGGAGCACUAUAUCUGCAAGACUGCAGCCCCUGGCUACAGAGCAUGAAAAAGCAUGCGGUGCGACUCAGCUAGGAUCGAUUUUAGGCCACAGGGGUCUCGCCUCACCUUCAACCAUCCUACCUAUCAAGUGCAUCGCUGUGCCUGUCGUUGCAUGUUAGACCUUUUGGCCCCAAGUGAUGGAUGAUGAGCGCUUUUUGCAUCGGUUGGUCGAACCAUUGCGGAUGUGAGUGACGAAUCCGAGUCUUCGUGUGGCUCAUCUGGACUAUCAACCACCGUUCCUUUCGGUGGACGAGGCUGUCGACUCCCAACCGUUUUGGCGAGCUGUCAGCCGCAUUCUUGAAUCAAGUCGUUGAAGUCACCUGCCAUCAGCGACCUUCAAGCCACACGCGCCAUCCUCCCCAUUUUUUUGAUCUCCUCGGCCGCUCUAACCUGCUGCAGAAAAGGCUGAGCUGGAACAAGGCGUCCGUCAGGUAAGCAAGUCGCUGCGGCCAGGAGACACAAUCUUUGCCUUAUCCCUGCAGAAGCACGAAUGCGGCCUGUUGAGCUAGCAAUAAUGGGUGAAUCGACCAUGCAAUGCCCAUGCAUGUGCUCGACCUCGCUCCCUGCACGGUGGACUACCUCCAGUACCAAAUCUAUGUCUGUCGCCCUGCUGAGCGGCCCUCCAAGGCGUCACCGCAUGCCCUCGAGGCCACUUCGCACUGGCGAACGCAUUUUGCCUGAAGUACAGUCUACGUUCGUGGAGUGGCAAGGGGUAAGGACUUCGGGCCCGGAUUCUAGCGACAACAUGGACACAGUCAGUGAUGUUCACCGUAAAGAUACCACUGCAUAUUACUUCCCUGGAACAGGCACUGCAUAAUGGGGAUAUAGAGCAUUGCGUGUGUUGGUGGUACAAGCCUUCUAUUGUGCAGGGCUGUUCUGUCAGAUUCGGCAGCCGAAUUCAUCCGGACACGGCUCAAUUGACCAGGCGCUGCCAGAGCUUCCAUUAUAGUAUGGGCAGCAUAGUAGUAGGCGCAGCCAAUACUUCUCCAUAGCUGAUUGAAUAACCCAGCUCGAUCGGAUCCCUUUUGUUCUCUCGUGCUGUGGCGAGGUAUGCCAAAAAGACAUUCGCAACAAGUAAAAACGCCUGCAGAAGAGCCCACUGUAUUGAUACGACCGCGUGCAUGAAUUUCCCAGCCAGCGCUUUUCAAACAAGGGGUCCUUGCUCAGGAGUGAAGAGGCUAGUAAAACAAAUAUGUUGAAAGCAUGUCCGGAGGAAAAGGCAUCCCGGGCCAGCUGCUGCCAGAGAACGCAUCUAGUCACUCAGCCUUAGCAGCAGGAGUAUCACCAAGGGAAUUAAGGCAGAAUCUUGCGAGGCGCCGCCACUUAGAUCGGGGGUGGAAGCUGGUUUUGAGAGUCGGCUCGUUCGGCGAUCUCUUGCAGUUCUUCAGGCGCUCCUUCGAGAGAGACUGCCAGGCCGAGCUUGUGGGUGUUCUGUCAUGCGGUGUCAGUAAACCAUAGCUCAAC